AGAGAAGCUGGUGAGUAAGCAAUGGGUGGGCUGGGUGCCGGUAUGGGUGCUGGAGGCCUUGGGUGCCUGAACCCCAGCCACGUCAGAGGCAGAAGGAGGGCCCCCCGUGGGCCCUCCCCCCAACCACAUUUCACUUGCCACAGCAGGGUUUGGUUAAGGUUGGUUCGGCCAAACGUAGAAUGACACAGGUGACUGGAGCAGGGGCUGGGGGCGUGACCUGAUUUAACCCUCUGCCCUCGCCUUUUAGCUGAGGUUCAAAGUGAGACUGAGACAGAGCAGGGCGAGAAGCUCCGUUCUCUAGGAACUCAUCGUGCGGGGAUGAAGAUGCUGGCGCUGCAGCAGCCGUGGAGGCCGCCUGCCCCUGGCCUGUGCCUCGUGCUUCCCCUGCGUCCUGGUGUUCAGUGUUGGUCUGACGGAACCACUGCGGGUGGUCUGGGGGACCCGCUGGGUGCCCCCUUGCAGCCUAGGAUCCUGAGCACUCAGGGAAGACCCAUCAUCCGGUCCCGCUGCCCCUGCGCGACUCGUUCAGCUGCCAUGGACUCUUGUACCCGCCACUCUGUUUUUCUGUGCCUCAGUUUCUCUGCUGCAGUAAAUGGCGGUUUUGACAGCUGUGUCUGGAGUCGUCAGAAUCGCUGCAUCCCAGCCCACACUCAUUUAAGUUACCUUAACUAAGUCCCUCGAAGCCUUGUGAGCUAGGUUCUGGGAUGAGGGUCUGGCCAUUUUGCAGAUGAGAAAACUGAGGGCUGGAAGCUACAAGUGACUUCCUGAUGAUCACACAGUUAGAAAAUGACAAAACCAGGACUGAACUCAGACCGUUGGACUCAGCCUGUGCCCUAAAACUUCAGCUCCCAUUGAGAACCCAUCAGAUCACACUGGGUAAAGGCUGACGGAGCCAGUGCGGCCGGAAGGAAAAGUACCGCGAGCAGGGAGCGCUUGAAGCGCAGUCAGAAGAGCAGCAAGGUGGAGGGCCCCGAGCCCGCGGCGGCCGAGGCCUCGCUCAGCGCCGAGCAGGGAACGAUGACGGAGGUGAAGGUGAAGACGGAGCUGCCCGACGACUACAUCCAGGAGGUGAUCUGGCAGGGCGAGGCCAAGGAGGAGAAGAAGGCAGUCAGCAAGGACGGCACUGGCGACAUGCCCGCCGAGAUCUGCGUGGUCAUCGGCGGCGUCCGCAACCAGCAGACCCUGGAUGGAAAAGCGCCCGAAGGCAGCCCCCACGGUGGAUCUGUGCGAAGCCGGUAUUCAGGGACCUGGAUUUUUGACCAAGCAUUGAGAUAUGCAUCGGGGUCCUACGAGUGUGGAAUCUGUGGCAAAAAGUACAAGUACUACAACUGCUUCCAGACCCACGUCCGGGCACACCGAGAUACUGAAGCCACCUCGGGGGAGGGCGCCUCCCAGAGCAACAAUUUCAGGUACACGUGUGACAUCUGCGGCAAGAAAUACAAAUACUACAGCUGUUUCCAGGAGCACCGGGACCUGCACGCGGUGGAUGUGUUUAGCGUGGAAGGGGCCCCCGAGAAUCGGGCAGACCCCUUUGACCAAGGUGUCGUGGCCACGGACGAGGUGAAGGAGGAGCCCCCGGAGCCAUUCCAGAAAAUCGGGCCAAAAACUGGGAACUACACCUGUGAAUUCUGCGGGAAGCAGUACAAGUACUACACACCCUACCAGGAGCACGUGGCCUUGCACGCCCCCAUCAGUACCGCCCCCGGGUGGGAGCCUCCCGACGAUCCGGACACGGGCUCUGAGUGCUCGCAUCCAGAGGUCUCCCCGUCUCCUCGCUUCGUGGCUGCCAAGACCCAGACGAACCAGCCGGGGAAGAAAGCUCCGGCCUCGGUGGUCCGCUGUGCCACGCUCUUACACCGCACCCCUCCAGCCACGCAGACCCAGACAUUCCGCACUCCUAACUCGGGAUCUCCAGCAAGCAAGGCGACCGCAGCAGAAAGCGCUUUCAGUCGCAGGGUAGAAGGCAAAGCACAAAACCACUUUGAAGAGACCAACAGCAGUUCCCAGAACUCGAGCGAGCCAUACACAUGCGGCGCCUGUGGGAUCCAGUUCCAGUUCUACAACAACCUGUUGGAACACAUGCAGUCCCAUGCAGCUGACAAUGAAAACAACAUUGCCUCCAACCAGUCCCGGUCACCACCUGCUGUUGUGGAAGAGAAGUGGAAACCCCAGGCUCAGAGGAACAGUGCCAAUAACACCACGACCGGUGGCUUAACACCCAACAGCAUGAUCCCCGAGAAGGAGCGGCAGAACAUCGCGGAGCGGCUGCUGCGGGUCAUGUGUGCCGACCUGGGGGCGCUGAGCGUCGUCAGCGGGAAGGAGUUCCUGAAGUUGGCCCAGACCUUGGUGGACAGCGGCGCCCGCUAUGGCGCCUUCUCGGUCACCGAGAUCCUGGGCAACUUCAACACGCUGGCGCUGAAGCACCUGCCGCGCAUGUACAACCAGGUGAAGGUGAAAGUUACGUGCGCCCUGGGCAGCAACGCCUGCCUGGGCAUCGGCGUCACCUGCCACUCACAGAGCGUCGGCCCCGACUCCUGCUACAUCCUCACCGCCUACCAGGCCGAGGGCAACCACAUCAAGAGCUACGUGCUGGGAGUGAAGGGCGCGGACAUCCGUGACAGCGGCGACCUGGUGCACCACUGGGUGCAGAACGUGCUGUCGGAGUUCGUGAUGUCGGAGAUCCGGACAGUGUACGUGACGGACUGCCGGGUGAGCGCGUCCGCCUUCUCCAAGGCCGGCAUGUGCCUUCGCUGCUCAGCCUGUGCCUUGAACUCGGUGGUGCAGAGCGUGCUGAGCAAGCGGACGCUGCAGGCCCGUAGCAUGCACGAGGUCAUCGAGCUGCUGAAUGUGUGCGAGGACCUGGCGGGCUCCACGGGCCUGGCCAAGGAGACCUUCGGGUCGCUGGAGGAGACCCCGCCGCCGCCCUGCUGGAACUCCGUGACGGACUCGCUCCUGCUGGUGCACGAGCGCUACGAGCAGAUCUGCGAGUUCUACAGCCGCGCCAAGAAGAUGAACCUCAUCCAAAGCCUCAACAAGCACCUGCUCAGCAACCUGGCCGCCAUCCUGACGCCCGUCAAGCAGGCGGUCAUCGAGCUGAGCAACGAGAGCCAGCCCACCCUGCAGCUGGUGCUGCCCACCUACGUGAGGCUGGAGAAGCUCUUCACGGCCAAGGCCAACGACGCGGGCACCGUCAGCAAGCUCUGCCACCUCUUCCUGGAGGCGCUCAAGGAGAACUUCAAGGUGCACCCCGCCCACAAGGUGGCCAUGAUCCUGGACCCGCAGCAGAAGCUGCGGCCCGUGCCGCCCUACCAGCACGAGGAGAUCAUCGGCAAGGUGUGCGAGCUCAUCAGCGAGGUCAAGGAGUCGUGGACCGAGGAGGCUGACUUCGAGCCCGCCGCCAAGAAGCCCCGCUCCGCCGCGGCCGAGAGCCCCGCCGCGCAGGAGGACGACCGGCUGGGCAAGAACGAGGUGUACGACUACCUGCAGGAGCCCCUCUUCCAGGCCACCCCCGAUCUCUUCCAGUACUGGUCGUGCGUGACCCAAAAGCACACGAAACUGGCCAAGCUCGCCUUCUGGCUCCUGGCGGUUCCGGCCGUGGGGGCACGAAGCGGGUGUGUAAAUAUGUGUGAACAAGCACUUCUAAUCAAAAGGAGGCGGCUGCUCAGUCCGGAAGAUAUGAACAAACUCAUGUUUCUGAAAUCCAACAUGCUUUAAGAUGUUAACUUCGGGGAAAAAAAAUAAGAAAACAGCAGAGAACAUUAGAAAACACACACACACACAUACACAAAACACUGUCACAAACAAAGAAAAGGAAUUUAAGUUUUAAACACUGUGGACCUCAUUCUAACUGCCCCCUGGAAACUUAAGUGCUUUUUUUCCGGUGUGUGUGUAUGCAUGUGUGUACACACCCACACCCAGGGGUGCGUGUCCGAACACGUGUGCCGUGGCAGUAGGGGCAUGGAGGCCUCUGCGCCCGUCUCCAUGGCCAGAGCAGCCUCGCACACGCGUGUACACACAUACCACCCUGGUGCAUGCCCACGUGUCUGCUUGCAGGCGCGUGCGCAUUGAGCUGGGUGUGUCAGGAAGCUGGGGGAGGGGGAGAGAGGAGGGCCGGCCGUUGCCCUCCCCCUCUUGGGAAGGGAGCUCUUAGAAGACUCGGUGUUCAGGUGUGCAGAUGGUGGGAAGCUGAGGUUGUGAAACGUUCAGGCAGCUGAGACCUGGAGUGACUUGACGCCCGCUCUCCUCCUCCCCAGCCCCACCCCCUCCCUGGCUCCGCCUCCCCGCCCCCUGCUGCUCUGCCACGGAGUCUCCCGCCGCCGGCACCAGACGGACAGUGUGUGCACUGGACUUGGCUUCUCGUUCACCUUCAGGGCAUUGAGCUGCCGCCCCCCCGUGCCGCCUCUCUGGUGCGCGGGGGCAGCCGCCUUAGAAACACAUCUAUCUAUCUCCCCAAAUCAGGAAAGGAGACUUUUCAGACUACAAAGCUGACGUUUUUGCUUUUUAAUAUAAGAGAGAGGAAGGAAGAAAAAAAAAGAGACAUUUUUCAGAGAAGUAUAGAUACCGUCUCCACUCCUUAAUGGGUUUUUUUCUCCUAACAUGAUAGCAAGUUCCACUGUUUUUGGGGGUCCGUUCUGUUUUGUCAGAUUCGAUGUAGACUCUGCUAGGAGGCACUGAAUGUCUGUAACUUAUGUUUGGGAGUUUCGUUUGCCGUUUCUGUUCGAGUCACACUGUAAACUAGCUCAUCUCAGUGGUAUAGUCGGUACCCUAAGAUUUCACUAACCUUUGCUGUACAGUAAGGUUUUCAUGUAUCUCAGCGGCCAAGGUCACGUACUUGGCUGUGCUGUCUGGGAGACCAAGGCUGAGGGAGGAGGGGCGGGUUCCACGGAUGUCGGUCCAGUGGACGCCAUAGCAGUGGGGGUGGGGCGGGGUGGGGUGGGCGUGUGGCUUGAGGGGUCCUCCCCCACGCAGGUGGAGGAGCCUCCCUCCUGCUCCGCGUGUCUGGUCCCACAAAUGUCUGAGCGCGUGCCCAGAGUCCAUGACACUGCUCACCCGCUUCCAGCCCCUUCCAGCUCAGCAGGGGCUCCCGAGAUGAUCCUCGUGACCCUCACCAUACCCAGGCCCACAGCCCCUUUUUCCUUUCCGGGGGUUCCAGGGUUCCCAUGGGUCCACUACCCGCCGCCCUCCAGGGGUCCUCAUGGGCCCCCAGCCACCUCCCCGUGGGCCAGGCAGCCGUUGCAAGGGUGCAGGGCAUCCGGCCACGUUCAACUUGAUGCUGUGAAAGACGCCUUCAGGCUUUCCUUCCCCAUCCCCCCACCGCAAGCACCGAGGGUCCACGCCCCCAGCCCACGUGCUGGAAGUGGCUGCCCCUGACCUCCACCCCGCCCACCUCUCCAUGAAUAAGGCACUGGGGUCCCAUAGCCCCCUGCCCCCGUGACCACAGGGCUCCUUCAGGCUCAGAGUGACCCCCCCAUUGUGGGAGGCUGUGGGCAGAGGUGCCUUCUCCCAUCUUGGGGGUGGGCCGAGUGCACCCCUUCCCCUCGAAAAGCAUUACUCAACUGUGAGAUACCUCGACUACAAAAAGCACUGUACUGCAGCCCUCCCCGGCUCCUGGGCAGGAGCGGGAGCAGAACCGGCAAACGAACUCACGGCUUAGGAUUGUGCAUCCAGAACACUGGCCUUGGGGGCUGAACCCGCGCACCUCGCCUGCCUCGAGAGCACUGACCCUGCCCUUCCUCCGGAGUCUGGGACUUUCUGAGAUGAAUCACAGCAGGCUGUCGCCACCCUCACCCCAGCAAGCCGUGGGACCCUCCCCCUGCACUGGAGCGGGAGCCGGAGAGAUCCGGGUGCGAACUGAACGUCACUUCCCAGGGAGAGUGGAGGCAUCGGCACAUGUUUGGGUUGGACCCUUGGGGACGGUCACAAGCUGGUCUCAGGGUUGCUGCUGAGUGUCAGAUGCCUACUGCAAAACGUUCCUGCAGCCUUGCUUGCCUGCCAGGGGAAGGGCCCCAGCCUGGCACAGAGGAUAGGAGCCGCCCACUUGGUGCGUCAGCGAGGGCAGAGUUGGGAGCGCACCGUUUGUCUCCCUGGGGCGGAGCUGCGCUGUAGGCCCUGUCACGGAGCCGUUGAGCUAGCAGAGACGCUUCACCCUCCUGCAAAGCCAUCAGCAACCAGGCCUACGCGUGCCUGUCGAGCCCUUGGCAUCCUCGUGGGAGACGGUCUGCCCUUCGGAAGGGAAGUUGGAGUAAGGCCAGUUAAACUCUAGAUGUCUGGACAUAAGUGUCACCUCCUGUCCUAGCCUUUUCCUCCUGGCUUGCUCUGCGGGUUUGAAGUGGAUUGCCACCAUGUCCUCAGAAAGCUGUGUCCUGGGGCCGCCUCUCCUCCAGGUGGACAGCAAGGUGGCGGGCAAUCUUUUCACUGUUGCCACCUCUUGUUCCCCGGAAACCGGCAUCGCCAGCAGGCAAGGCUGUGUCCCAGUGUCCUCUGGGUCCCACAGGUCGUUCCCACAGUGCACAUCCUGCUGCGGCAUGUAGCUUAGCAAAACCCAAAGAUCUCCACAGAUCCAGCCACCGGCCCGCUGCUUCCAGCAAUACCGACCUCACCAAAUUCUAGUUCAGCCAAAGGAUUGAGACAGGCUCUUGCAGCUCAUCUCCUGGCACCCCACCUGCCCUUGACUUUGGGAAGGAUUUUUCUCAUCUGCCUCCCAGCUCUGCGAUGGCUCUAGAUCUUUCCACCACAGGCCUGGGGCGGCCUGGGAGGCUGAGGGGCGGCAAGAAGUUGGGCCAUUUUUGUCAUUUUCAGUAGUUCAAGGUGCUUGCCUGCUGACCUGGAUACAGCUUGCCUAUUUCCUCGGACAGACACAGCGUUUGUUCUGAUGCACAUGGACGCAGGAGCUGGGGUGGAGAGCACACGCCUCCACUUAGAAGGUGUUUCCCCCCAGCUGAGGUCAGUCUGCUUCACCACCAAAGCCCAAGCCAGGAACCCCAGCCUUGUGGGUGGUCCCUCGGAUUGUAGCCGUCCAGGAGGGACAGGGCCAUUCCAGUCGUAGAUGGAUGCACUUGGCUCGGCACGGUUCUUCUCCCCGAAGCCCGGACCAACCAGCCAGACCUCCCUGCCGUGGCGUUUAGAAACCAGGAAGCAACACCGGCACCACCUCUCCAAAACUGCACUGUCUCCAGGCAUUGGCGGCACAGAACAUGGGCCAGCAUUGCCACUGCCCUACUUGGGAGCUUCCUGCUGGGCACUGGGGACUUGGCAGCUCUUGGCUGGUGCGAGGACACUAAGGUUUCCUGGCGAGCAAGGGGCAGUCAGGGAUUGUAGGAAAAUUUGGUUUGGUUUGGUUUUUUAAAGCAUGUAGGCUGCCAAGGGCCCUCUCUUUCAAUUUGACCUUUUGUCUCCCGCACUUUGAAGAAGCACUUGAGAAAAUUCUGCAAGGCGCGUUUUCCACUGUGAAGCCGAACCCCUGCCUUUCGGAGUCUCCUGUUCUUGAGCAAGGCCACCGACUUUCCCUGCGCUGGGGACGGGGCUCCGUGAAACACGAGCACCUGGAGAGAGAGGUCCACCGGGAAGGUUUAACAUGAAGCUGGGCUGUAGAUGGAGAAGGGAGGCCCUGUGAGAUGGCCCAGGAGGGAGCUCCGCCCACAUCCUCGCCAUCGGGGCAAUGGUGCCCGAAGAGGAGGCUGCUCCUGCCCUGCCCUGCCCAGUUUUCCCAAGUUCAUAGCUUUGCCCUCUCCCUGGGAGCCGUGGCAACGCCUCUCUGUCUCUGGGUUGUCUCUGCAGGACGGCUCCUGGGAAGACCCAGUGGCCAAGCAAAGCUCAGGCCUGGCCCUGCCAGCCCCGCCCCAGCCCCUGUGUCCAGCUGGGCCAGUGGGGAACUGGGCAGGAGGCCGCCGUGCCCUUCACUGUGGCUCAUGAUUGCUAGGCCAGUUAUGGUGAACCAAUGAUGCCGUGUUUUCCCUCUUAGGUUUCCUGCCCGGGGUUGCCCGGUCCAGGGUUUUCUGGGGGUCUUGUCACUGUUCUUUGUCCUCCUCUGUCAUCUGGGCUUGAGGACUGUGCUCUGGCGAGCCCUGGCUUUCACAGAAGGAGCCCUGUGGUUUGUGUGCAGAGAGGCCCUGCUCCCGCCUGGAGGAGGGCAAAGAUGUUCAGGUGGUUGACUGACAUGCUCACGCCCCGCCCCCACCCCACCCCUCCAUGGGUUCAAGUCCUGUCCAGAGAGAUGGAUUUCCCAGGGUCGCAGUCGGGCGGCAGCAUCAGCACCCACGAGGGUCCUUCCCACUCCAGCGUCCCGCUGGGCACCUUGAGUCUUCGAACCAAAGUUCCUUACGGGGCACAGCCCAGCCUUGUCCGAAACCUCAGGGGCCUGGGAUUCCCGUGGCACUUGCUCAAAUCCCGGUUGGCACAGGCCGUGGGGGGUCUGACUCCAGCCGGAAGAAGGGGCUCCUCCUGUAACCCCGGCGCCAGCCGGUCUCUGCCCAGGACCCGCCCACCAGCCCACCCACCCAGCCGCCAGGCCACCCCGGGGUGGGUGGCUUCCCCAGGUGUGGGGGAGGGGGGCCUCCCCGGCCAGGAGAGAGCGCCAGUCACUCCGCAGCGCCGUUCCGAUCCCAAGCAUCAGGAAAUCAUUUUGUACAACCACCCGAUGCAGAGAUAUUUUUUAAAAAGCGUAAAUUAUUUUUCGUUGUUUUCUGAUCCUACCUUUUUCUUCUCCCUGCAACUUCACGUCGGUGAUUCGUUCACAUCAGGUAAACCUUGAGAAAGCCUUGGUGCCCCUUCCUCCCACCUGGCCACUCAGUAACCACGUGCGUGCACCCUGCAUCCUACCUGGUAGUUAACGACGUUCUAGGCAAUACCACGGACACACCUGACUGUGUCUCUCUCUUCGAGUGCAAGAAACUAAGUCAUCUUAAAAAAAAAUACAAAAAAAAAAUUUACAAAAAAACAAACACAAAAAAAUAUCUUUUUUAGGCCAGAGUUUUUCUACAGGUAUUAAUGAAUAUUUUUCUUAAUCCUUAUAAGUUUUAUGUGUUUAAUAUUUCUUAAUACCGGUAGCAUUAAUUUAUACUUUUGUAGCAACACAAUAUUUUUAUAAACAGCCAGUGUUUGGCUCAAGUCUUCACGAGGGGUUUAUCCAGGGCCGUGUUGGGCUCUGUGUACCAUGUACUGUAUUUUAAAAAAAAUAAAAAGUUACCUAGUGUCACACUUGCUGUGUUAAUUAACAAACAAUGUUCCCGGUCUCCUGUGUGGUCGGUAAGGGACCCAGCGGUUCUCCUGCAUUGGAGGGGGUUGAGUUGACGCUUCUUGUGACGUGUGAACCCCCGAGACCAAACUUGAGGGUUUAUUUAGGGUUUUCUGUUUUGUCUUUUGGGUUGUUUUGUUUUGUUUUGUUUUCACUUUGUUUUUGGUACCAUUUCUCCAUUUACAGCCAAAAUCAGUUUUAUGAUGUUUAAAACUUUGACUGAUGUCAAAUGGAGGAAAGGAACAGAAGAAAAAAAGAUUUUUACAAAGUAAUAAAAUUUAAAACUGAGCUGUUUAAAUGUUGCUGUUUUUACCUGUCUGUUCUCGUGCGGAAGUGGAGCGUUCCCACUGAGAAGAGGUAAAGUCCACUUGGUUCCUUAAAUCGCCAAAAGCCCCAGCCCAGGAAUCAGUACCUCCCCCCGCCCCCUGUCCCCUGAGUUCUUAUGACAUUAUUUCCCAGUUGGUUGAUGCCAAGGCAAAAAAAUAAAAAUAAAAAAAAAAUCCUUUUAACGGUUAGAGAGGAUCAGUUGCUUAAAUGAUUUCAUGUCAGUGUUGUAUUUAUGGUUUUACAAUAAAACGACCUUUAGGAAGAA